ACAGAGCGGAGCAGCUUCUUCAGCCAGUCCCCCUCCCGCUCUCGCCGCAGCUCGUCCAUUCCUCCCCGCCUUCUUCCACCACUAGCUAGCUUCGCCAGCCAGCGCCGCCCCUCCGCGCGCGUCGCCUCCCUGCCGCCGCCCGCGCCAUGUCGUACAACAAGGCCCCGUCCAUCACAGCCGAGACCAUAAACCCCAAGGUCAAGAUCUUCAACUACGAACCUUGUGGGGAGAUCGUCAGGCACGCCGAGCGGUUACAGCAGGAGAUGGAUGAAAACCCGGAUUCUCUCCCAUUUCCAGAGGUAAUACAAUGCAAUCUUGGGAACCCCCAGGUUCUUGGUCAGCGGCCCAUAACCUUUUUUCGUGAGGUUCUUUGUCUGUGUGACAAUCCAGAUCUCCUGAAUAAAGACGAAGCGCGUGCCUUAUUCAGUCCAUGUGCCAUAAGAAGAGCUCGUAGGAUCAUCAAUUCGGUUCCUGGCAAAGACUCCGGUGGAUAUACUAGUAGUCGGGGAAUCAAAAGUCUACGUCAAGCAGUUGCAAACGGGAUCUCUGCGAGAGAUGGUUACCUAUCUAAACCCGAUGACAUUUUUCUGACAGACGGAGCUAGCGCAGCAGUUAACACGAUGAUGCAAAUACUCAUCAGGUCUCAUGAAGAUGGCAUUUUGUGCCCUCUACCUGAAUAUCCCUUAUACUCAGCUUCCAUUAUACUUCAUGGUGGAACAAUGGUGCCGUACAAUCUUACCGAGGAUAGGGGUUGGGGCCUUCAGAUUUUUGAAGUCAAGAGGUGUUUGGAGGAGGCUCGUUCAGCUGGCUUGACUGUUAGAGCUAUGGUGGUCAUAAAUCCCGGUAAUCCUACUGGACAGGUACUGUCCAUCACCAACCAGGAAGAAAUAGUGGAAUUUUGUCGGAAAGAAGGUCUGGUUAUACUUGCUGAUGAGGUAUACCAAGAUAAUGUCUAUGUCGAGAACAAAAAAUUCCAUUCUUUCAAGAAAGUGGCAAGAUCACUUGGGUACGAUGAAAAGGACCUUUCGUUAGUAUCAUUUCAUUCGGUUUCAAUGGGAUUCUAUGGGGAAAGUGGAAGAAGAGGAGGCUACAUGGAGAUAACAGGUUUUGGAGAUGAUGUGAAGCGUCAGAUUUACAAGUUGGCUUCUGUCACUAUUUGCCCCAACAUAGCUGGCCAAAUUCUUAUCAGCCUUGUGAUGGAUCCGCCUAAGUUAGGAGAUGAGUCCUUCGAGACAUUUGAGGCUGAGAAGGAAAAAAUCCAUUCAUCUUUCUUGAAGCGCGCCAAGACCCUGGAGAAGGCUUUCAGCAGCCUGGAGGGAGUGAGCUGCAACAAGAUAGAGGGCGCCCUGUACUUCUUCCCACGGCUCCACCUGCCCUCGCUCGCCAUCAAGACCGCCGAGUCUGAGGGUGUCUCACCUGACGUUUUCUACACUCACCGCCUGCUUGACGCCACCGGGAUCGCCGUCGUUCCUGGCUCCGCGUUCCACCAGGCCUCUGGGACGAUCCAUAUCCGGUGCACAAUCCUGCCGGAUGAGGACAAGAUCGCAACGAUGAUCCCACGACUCAAGGCGUUCCAUGAGUCGUUCAUGAACGAGUUCCGGGGCUCUGAACCUUACAUGAACGAUCUCCGCCGCUGAGCAUCUUGAUGCUUGGCACAGCUCCACCUAGUGGCGUGAAUCUGAAGGUAUGGAUGGCAUGGCAUGUGUGAGCCGUGUACAAGGGCAAGGCAGCCAGAGUGGCCUGAGCUCUGGCGGAGCGCGACUUUUCAGUGUUCUUGCUUUCAGGUUGAACUGUGCCCAUUUGUACCACUUGUGCUGUAUGACUGGGCUACCUGUGACCUUCUAAACUGGAAUAAGUUCAGCUGUGAAUAGCUCUGUUCAGGAAAAUGUAUAAUAUUGCGUAUGUUUUAAAUCCUAGGAGCACUGGCUUUUACCUGAACUGUAUGCAUUUUCUUGCGCAUC